CGUAAAUACAACGAGCUCUCAGGAUCAGUCAGCUGACAGCAAGAACGGCAGUGGGAUUUCUUGUCGCCCGAAUUUUUUAGCACGAUCCGCACACCAUUCGGCGCUACGACACUCAUGUAGUUUUGGUGGUAAUAAAUGCACCAUGACCAAUAAGGAACUGAUUGAAUGUUUCACUGAUGAAGGGUCAACAUUACACAAUCAUCUAGGAAGUGCUGUCUUAGAAGACGAUGUGAUUCAUAUUGUAGAAAAUCGAAAACGGUUACUGGGAGAUAGUUGGUAUCACAUUCCAAAACCGUUGUUGUUGAAUGUUUUUCAGUAUCUUUCAGCUCCAGAUCUCAUAAAAGCAGGUCUCACCUGUAGUACAUGGCAACAGACAAGUACGGAUGAGCUCCUAUGGAGAGAUUUACUGCAAAAAGACUUUGGUGUUGACACUUCUACAGGUAUCAGACCAGGACAAACCUCUUGGUUGAAAGAGUACAAACGUUUGUCAUACCAUACCCCUCAUUGCCAAACUAGUGAACUGAGAAAGCACACAGACCAAGUACUACAUGUCAGCUUUGCUCAUAAUGGAACUAUGUUUACUACCUGUUCCAAGGAUGGUUAUGUGGUUGUUUGGAAUUCCAAUCAUCCUGUCACAAUCAAACAUCAAAAGGACAUGACAAAAUUUUGUUGGAAGUUCACACACUUUUCUCAGUUUAAUCAGUCUGACACCCUACUGCUUGUUUCGGGAGUACAUUUUGGCUUGCCUCAAAGCACAUCAGGCGAGAUUGCUGUGUUCAGUUUAGGCGAUGAUUUGGAGUUGCAAUGCCGUGUUCUAAUGAAGCCAUAUGAUAUUUGUGGAGCUUGGUACAGUGAUCAACAUUUUCUGUCGGGAGAUGUCCAUCGGUUGGGCCACCUUAUCAGUCAAUCUGUGUUGUGGCUGAACAAGGCUUCACAAGAAACAGCUUCUGAGCACAUCCCAAUCAUGAAUCAAAUGUUUCGAUUCUACAACUGUAAUGGCAGCUCUGUACGUGCUGCCAUGUUUGCAUCAUGCCCAGUUGCAGAGAGCAGCUUAUCAACAACUUCCAAUGAAAUUAGAGACACCUCAAGUAACUCCAGCUCGAACCACAGUGGAAAAGAUGAAGAGGCUUAUUUUGAAGACAUGGAGAAAAAUUUUGAGCUGGAUUCCAAGGAGCUACAAUGUGGUAUCCCAAAUCUCCAAGUUGAUGAGAAGUACGCAGACGAUGCAUCAGAUGUGUCUGAAAUAUCAGAAGCAUCUGUUGAUACAGAAUUGAGUGAUGAUGAUGAGUUGUGUGUUCAAGAGGAUAAGUUCCUAAUAUUCACCACUGGCUCGAACACAUUUUCUCCGCACCAAAUUGGUAUCAAACGGAUCAAGCCCAUUUCUUUCCCACGACGAAUGGACCCAGGGUUACCUUUCCGAGAAAGAAUUGCUAACCUGAAUCGAGAAUAUCAACCUUCACAUGAAAAUCCAAAUGAAGUUCAAAACGAAAUUGCAGAGGGGACAGAAUAUGAUGAAGUGGAUCACUUAAUUGAUCUUCAUGGUCAUAUCAUCGGCAUGGGAUUGUCUCCUGAUCACAGAUUUUUAUAUGUAAAUGCUCGGCCAUGGCCUCCGGGUUACGUUGUUGAGAAUCCUUUAAUGCCUCCUCCUUGUGCUCAAGAAAUAGACAUUCAUGUCAUUGACCUCGCGUCAAUGAUGGAAUGUGGCAAAGUUUUACGGUCACAUAUUGCUUAUACUCCAUUUAAUGAAUGCUUUUUUAUCGCCUUGGAUGUGUGUGAUGAAUUUGUGGCCAGUGGUGCUGAAGACAAACAUGGUUAUCUGUGGGAUCGUCACUAUGAAACAUGUUUAAAUAAAUAUCCACAUCAAGAUGUUGUGACUUGUGUAGCAUUUAAUCCUAAAGAUUCCGAAAUGCUUGUUACUGUGUCUGAUGACUGUACUGUGAAAGUGUGGCACUCAAAGCAUCGUGCCAAAGAGUUAGGGCUGGACUCAAAGUUGUUGCCCAAAGCUCAUGAAGUACGCAAAAACUGUUGUGGCCACAGAUCUGUUGCCAGUAGUAUUCGAAGACCAGCUAAUGGUGAAAUAAAGCGAUUGAUGUCAAGGUUUGCAGUACAGUUUGGCUGGUGAGAAGGACAUGAGAAUGCAGUUUAUUUUCCCUUAAUUUACUGCAUUGCCUUGCAGAAAGGUUCAUUGGAUUGUCUUGUUUUGCAAGAGUAGUUACCAGUGAGCAGAACUACAAUUUUUGUGAAUAAGAAAUGGUUCCAAAACUGUAUCCAACAAUGAGCCUGUUUUCACAAAUUAUUGCAUUCUUUGGCUCUAAAAUUUUUUGCUUCCGCAUAUUGGGAAGAUUACUAUACAUUUGUUUUAUUUCAUAAUCAAUCAACAUAAGUAUUGUUUCAACUUUGCUUUGCAAAUCAAUGGUGCUUUGUGUUGGAAUUUUGUUGUGUGUAAGUUAUAAGACAUGGCUAAAAUUAAGAUUUACAAGGAGUGAGCAAUUUUACUGUGUAUUUACUCUAGUCAUAUAAAUGAUAUUUUGUUCUUUAAAAUUUGUUGUCCACUAUUUAUUUUGGCUUUGUCAAGCCAGUGUUUUAGGUUCAUCUUGGUGUUUUAGAGAAUGAAUCAUGAGUCAUGUUUUUUUGUGAAUUCUGAAGUGGAGGAUGAAGCUUAACAUUAUUUUCCUACGAGAGAAUACAACUAACCAACUAUAAUAUAGCCAGCAUUCAUUCAAAGACAGAGUUGUAAUCAACUCCAUGGUUGUAAUGUUGUACUUGAAAGUUAAUGCUGUAGAGAAGUGGAAUUAAGUUCAUUUCAGAUUGUCACAACUUUAAAUUCCUUGCUGUUUUUCAAUUCAGAAAAUGGGAAAAUUAGGAAAGGGAAAGAGGAAGGGGGAGGGGGGGAUAUAAUUUACUUUGGAUUGGAUUUUACUUUUUUCAAACGUCAGUUUGUUUGACCAAAUUAAAGAAUGUUCUAAGAUUUAAAGAUAAUUUAUUCAUGUUGGCUUUGAACUCAAAAUGUUGUUUUGUGUAUAGUUAUAUUUUCAAUCAUGUUGAGGCGGUAGUGUUUUUUAGUUGAAAUAAUUAUAAUAGACAUCUGUAUCUUUCAUUGUAUUUCCAGUUUUUGUACUGUAUUGCUUUCUGUUUGAAUUCUAUAUCUAACCAAUUAAACAAUACUAUUUAUUGAUAUUUU